ACCCGGUAUUGGUUGAAAACACUGGAAUAUCAGAUUCUCACAUGUAAUGUAAUAUUUUUCUUUUCAGAACGCCUGAAUGUUUUGUACGAAAAAAACUGGACCAAGUUGGUCACGGAACAAUUGAAGAGGUUCGAAAGAUCGAUAGUGGAAUCAGGUGGAAAUGAGGGUCCCUUCAGUGCAUCUAGAACACCCUGGACAUUUUGCAGUGCCCUUUUGUACUCCAUUACUUUGCUGACUACAGUAGGUUACAGCAAACUGUCCCCAAAAACGGUGCUGGGCAAAAUAUCCUCGAUGGUAUACGCCGUGGUGGGAGUCCCUUUGAUGCUGAUCUUGCUGUCGGCCCUGGGAGGUUUCUUGGCCAAAGAGGCCCAGCGGGGCUACUCGAGGAUGUGCUGCCAUCGAAAGGAGGGUGCGCUGAAGAGGUCCUCGUCCUCUGUGGGGUACCGCAAGGCUCCUACCAGCCCGACGGGGAGGUUGCGGUGUAGGUCGCACGAUGAUUCAGCAUCGAUACAAAUCGCCUUCCCCCCCGCUACCCCCAACCACAUCACCAAACCCACCCUCAACCACCACGGUUCACCGGCCCACCCCAGCCACCAGGACGUCCCGAGACGAGCCCUAUUGGCCCACGCCGACCACCAGGACGUCCCGAGACGGGCCCUAUUGGCCACGGUGAGAAGGGGAAGAGGGGGCAAGACGCCGGUCGAGACGACGCCUUGUCCGACGCAUUCUUGUCACGGGACGCCGCAGCGGGGAGGCAGAGGGGUAGUGUGUGAGGCGGAUGAGGCUGAGGACACUGAUGAAGGCGAGCUGGUGAUAUGUCCGGCGCACGACACCCCCUCCCGCAUCCCUCUGAUCUGGCGACCGCCCGAACCGACUCCAUCUUCCCCCACGAAGCCAUCUUCCGCCGACGCGCCAACACUGCCCGCCCUCCUCGUGCUCGUCAUCUUCGUCGCGUACGUCUGCGCAGGCGCCCUGCUGCUCUGCCGCACUGGCGAUUGGUCCUUCCUCGACGCCGUCUUCUUUUGCUUCACGGCGCUGUCGACGAUCGGCGUGGGGGAGGGGGUGCCCGGAGAGGGGAUGACGGAGUUCCAAGGUCAGGUGCAGGUGAUCGCGUGUUGCGCGUAUGUGUUCGUGGGGCUGGUGGUGGUGGCGAUGUGUUUCAGUUUGGUUUAUGAGGAGAUCGCGAUGCGGUAUCGGCAGAUUGCCAGGAAUGUGGGGAUACUGAGGCAAUAGACUCUUCUGAAAUGCUGUGUCUGUAUGUUUUAUUUAUUUUGUGUUAUAUUCUCUAUGAAUAAAAUGUUGUUUCAAUU